AUGACGUUUGUCAUGAGCGACACCAACAGUUAGCUCUCGGCGGUGCCCCCAGGAUGGAAAGCUUGUUUACUUGUGUUAAUGUAAAAUUUUAGUCAAAUCUUUGUCGUUCCGCACAUUGUAUGGUUUAAACGGUAUUCCCUGGACUUGGUUUCAAGAUUAGAUGAAACAAAGGGAUCAAUGUCUUUUCUUCGUUGGGUGUCUGAGAAAUUGAGUGUGGAGAGCCUGCGGGAUUUGGAGUUGUUUGGAGAGCAAUCUCAGGAACUCUGUCACGGGGAAGCCCAUGAGGACAGUAGGGAAAGCGUGACGUCCCUCCCACGUCGAGACACCAUGGGCAGCUUCCUCCCCGACAGCAGCGCCUAUCAGCUGCUCGCUGUUAUCGGUCAAGGCCUGGACCACCUGAUGACGGUGAACCGGGCCCAAUACAGACCCACUGGGGAGCACGUGGCCAUACGACGCAUCGACCUGGAGUCAUGCACGAACGACAUGGUCGCGUACCUGCAGGCCGAGCUGCACGUGUCCAAGUUGUUUCAUCACCCCAGCAUUUUGCCCUAUAAAAGUGUCUUCAUCGCCGAGAACGAGCUGUGGGUCAUCACUCCGUUAAUGGCGUAUGGCUCGGCCAGAGAGCUUGUCAGCACAUAUUUUCCUGACGGAAUGAGUGAGCUCACCAUCGCGUACAUCCUACUGGGCAUCCUCAAAGCCCUGGAGUACAUCCACCAAAUGGGAUAUGUGCACAGGAGCGUGAAGGCCAGCCACGUGCUGAUUGCCGCUGACGGCCAGGUGCGCAUGUCUGGCCUUCGCAGCAUCUUCAGCCUGAUCCGACACGGCCAGCGGGCCAAGGUGGUGCAUGACUUCCCGCAGAACAGCGUCAAGAUGUUGCCGUGGCUCAGCCCCGAGGUGCUGCAACAGAACCUACAGGGCUAUGACUUUCGCUCAGACAUCUACAGCCUGGGCAUCACAGCAUGUGAGCUAGCUAACGGACACGUCCCCUUUAAGGACAUGCCAGCUACACAAAUGCUGCUGGAGAAGCUAAACGGGACAGUGCCGUGCUUGCUGGACACCACCACUAUCCCGCCGGAGGAGCUCUCCAUGAAGCCGUCGCGCUCCGGCGCAGACUCGGGCAUCUGCGAAGGACCGGGAGGAGGCGGCAGCGUUGGCGGAGUCCGCCACUCCAACGGCGAACCAGCUCCCUCCUCCUCGUCUGCACACCCGUACAAUCGCAGUUUCUCGCCGCACUUUCACGCCUUUGUCGAGUUGUGUCUUCAGAGGGACCCGGAGAAGAGACCCUCUGCCUCCGCUCUCAUAGGUCAUCCCUUUUUUAAACAGAUCAAACGGCGUCCCUCCGAGGCGCUGCCCGAGCUGCUGAGGCCCGCGUCGCCCAUUGGCAGUGGCGAAAGCUCACAGCUGCAGCCAUCACCGUCCAGGCUGGCCAGCCUCGAAUCGGGCCUCAGCCACCUGGACGUGGACGACUGGGACUUCUGACGUCGGCGGACAGGGACGAGCCGUGUCCGUGUGUAAAUAAAUAGACGUUGCUUUUCUCAGAGGUGACGAGCCGGUCGCUGUUUCACUUCCUUUGACGUCUCUUGUCAUUGUCUUAAAAUGGCCUCCUUUUCCUCUCAGGCUUUGUACAGAAGAUACUCUACCUCGCACUCAACCCACACGCUUGCAUGUUCGUUUACUGGCUCCUGUGCAUGAAUGUUACAGAUUUGACAAUAAAAGCAAUGUUUCCA